AGGGGCUACGUGGAUUCUCUCUGUUGCGCCUUGAGGAGGUCGGCUGCUAUUGGUUGAGCGCAUACGGAGGAAGGCCCACCUAGUGAUUAUAUUGUGAGAUUUCCCCGUUAGAACAUAUUUGAGUAGUGUGCAAUUGAACCAUAAGGAGAAGUGACAUUUGGGGAAAAAAAGUGACGGGGCCAAGAUGGAUGUUUUUAUGAAGGGGCUUGCUAAAGCUAAAGAAGCUAUGGACGUGGCCGCCGAGAAGACCAAGGAAGGAGUGGCGGUGGCCACGGAGAAGACGAAGGAGGGCGUCAUGUUUGUGGGGAGCAAGACCGCAACAGUGGCCGAGAAGACCAAGGAGGGGGCAUCGCAGCUCGGCGGUGCCGUCAUGUCGGGUGCCGGGAACAUCGCCGCUGCCACUGGCCUUGUGAAGAAAGACGAAUUCCCCUCCGACAUGAAUCCCGAGUUCGGCCAGGAGGCCACCGAGGAGCCGGCGGGGGAGCAGCUCAUGGAGCCUGAGGGGCAGACAUACGACGAGACUCAACAGGAGCAGACCCAGGACUACGAGCCUGAGGCGUAAGCUGACCGUUCCAGUGUCCAGCCAGCAGCACAACAAAGGUUUAUAUCGAUACCAAGGACAAAUGCUGACCCCAUCAUAAUAACCCUGGUUGCAAAAACCCCCC